AUGGACGCCCGAUUUGAAUACGACGUCUGCGAUUUACCCUUCGACGGGUAUUUUGCGCCUGAAGAAAAAAGAAGACCAAGACGAUUUGGCUGUCCAUUCUCUCGAGGACACUUUGCACAAUAUGGUCCAGGUUUUGGACCACAUGGUCCAGGUUUUGGACCGUAUGGACCCGGCAAUGGACAAAAUGGGCCUGGUUAUGGACCAAAUGGACCUCAAGACCGCUUCCCUGGCAAUCAAGGACCGCCUGAUGGCCGUGGGCCCACUUGGGAUCAACAGGGACCCGGUUGGGAACAGCAAGGACCUCCAUGGGGCCGAUUUGGGCCUGGAUGGGGUCGUUUUGGACCUGGAUGGGGCCAACAAGGACCUCCAAGACGUGAUGGUGAUGGACCGGGAGACCAUUUCCACGGACCACCUGGAUAUGGACCAGGCCCUGAUGGCAGGCCUCAAGAAUUCAAUGGGCCUAAUAAUGAGCAGUUUAGGCGUUCAUGGUUUGGGUUUGGGAGACGUGAGCCUUCUGAGGGACAGGAAAAGCCCAUGGGAGGGUCUUAUUAG